GCAUCACUUGACAGCGUAGUCGUGACGUGGAGUGAAUUGUGGCCAAAGGAAUCCUCAUUUUCUCACCAGCCAUCGACGCAAUUCCACAUCUCUGUGCAGAAAUCUCUCCAGCACACACCUGCUAAUCCUAGUGCAAUUAUGGAUCAGAUCGCCAAGUUCUGUGAACCAGGAAGGCUCUUCGCCAAGGACUCCAUCAGGCUGAUCAAGCGCUGCACGAAGCCCGACAGGAGGGAGUUCCAGAAGAUCGCCAUCGCCACAGCCAUCGGCUUCUGCAUAAUGGGCUUCAUUGGCUUCUUCGUGAAGCUCAUCCACAUUCCCAUCAAUAACAUCAUCGUGGGCUCGUAAGUCCCC